AGCAUCAUAGCAGGCGGCCUGGCUGGCGCAUCGGAAACCUUUGUCACAUACCCAGCUGAGUUCAUCAAAACCCGCCGUCAACUUGAUUCCUCCUCAUCCGGCCGAAAAUCCCCAUCAUCUUUUGCCAUCCUCAGAUCCACACUGCAAGAUUCUGGUACGAUAGGCGUAUACGCUGGAUGUCAAACUCUCGCGAUAAGCAAUGCGCUCAAAAGCGGCGUUCGCUUCUUCUCCUUCGAGACCGCGAAAAGAAACUUAACACCCUACUUUUCCUCUUCGACUAUGAGGGAUGGAUCUGCGGUACGCAAUCCCUGGCUCGACCUCACGUCAGGGCUUUGCGCUGGAGCUACGGAAAGUGUGCUCGUUGUUACACCGGGUGAGGCAUUGAAGACCAGAGUCAUACACGAUGCUGCAUCAGGAGGCCAUUUGGGACGGCUUUCUACGUCGCAGCUAGUGGCGCAUACAGUACGACAAGACGGAGUGCUCUCUUUAUGGAGGGGUCUUACGCCAGUGCUGUGUAAGCAGGGUACAAACAGCGCUGUGCGCUUUACGGCUUUUGGCGUACUCAAAGAUAGGUUGGGAGAAGUGUUACCAGAAAAUGUGGAUGGCACGACAACCACCCUAAUCGCAGGAGCUGGUAGUGGCAUCAUGACAGUCUAUGCGUCGAUGCCAUUUGAUAAUAUCAAAACUAGAAUGCAGAGUAUUGGAAGUCACAGACGUAGUAUGAUUUCGGCUGCAACAAACAUGUUGAUAACUGGAGGUUUGUUUGUCUUUUGGAAGGCUACCACGCCGAGGCUCGUGAGACUAACAGUAAGC